CGCGCCUUCGGGAGCGCGUCCGGCAGCGGCUCCGGGAGCGCCUCCCGCCGCCUCCGCCGGCCGGGCCGGACCGGGGCUGCCAUGGGGCGGCCGCUGUGAGCGCGGCGGCGGCGGGGCUGCGCCUCUCGCCCCGGCCGGGGCUCCCCUCCAUUGUUCCCGGGAGCGGCGGCACCGCGCCGCCGCCGCCGCCGCCCGCGGGGCUCCGCUUGUAGGGGCUGCCAGCCCUGCGGAGACGCCCCUGCUCCCGCCCAGGGCCCCCAUGGAGUGGCAGUUGCGGAGCCCAGUCGCCGAGCAGUAGCUGCAGCAGUGGGAUGUGGACCUGGCGGUGCCUCAUCCUUUGGGCUGUGCUGGUCGCAGCCGCGCUCUCCGCUGCCCGGCCGGCCCCCACCCUGCCCGAGCAAGCUGUGCCCAAAGCAAAAAUGGAAGUGGAGUCGUACUCAGCCCACCCCGGUGAGCUGCUCCAGCUGCGCUGCCGGCUGCGGGACGACGUGCAGAGCAUCAACUGGGUGAGGGACGGCGUCCAGCUGGCCGAGAACAACCGCACACGCAUCACUGGGGACGAGGUAGAGGUCAGGGACGUGGUGCCCGAGGACUCAGGGCUCUAUGCCUGCAUGACCAACAGCCCCUCGGGGAGCGACACCACCUUCUUCUCCGUCAACGUCUCAGACGCUCUCCCCUCUGCAGAGGAUGAUGAUGAUGAAGAUGAUUCCUCGUCGGAGGAGAAGGAGGCUGAUAACACCAAGCCCAACCAGGCCAUUGCUCCCUACUGGACCUAUCCUGAGAAGAUGGAGAAGAAGCUCCACGCUGUCCCUGCUGCCAAAACAGUGAAAUUCAAGUGUCCCUCCAGCGGGACCCCCAACCCCACCCUGCGCUGGCUGAAGAACGGCAAAGAGUUCAAACCUGACCAUCGCAUCGGGGGCUACAAGGUCCGCCAGGCCACCUGGAGCAUCAUCAUGGACUCGGUGGUGCCAUCUGACAAGGGCAACUACACCUGCAUCGUGGAGAACAAGUAUGGCAGCAUCAACCACACCUACCAGCUGGAUGUUGUGGAGCGCUCCCCACACCGGCCCAUCCUGCAGGCAGGGCUGCCUGCCAACAAGACAGUGGCCCUGGGCAGCAACGUGGAGUUUGUCUGCAAGGUCUACAGCGACCCCCAGCCCCACAUCCAGUGGCUGAAGCACAUUGAGGUGAACGGCAGCAAGAUCGGCCCCGACAACCUGCCCUACGUGCAGAUCCUGAAGACGGCUGGUGUUAACACGACAGACAAAGAAAUGGAAGUGCUUCACUUAAGGAAUGUCUCAUUUGAGGAUGCUGGGGAGUAUACAUGUUUGGCGGGUAAUUCUAUUGGGAUCUCCCAUCACUCUGCAUGGUUGACAGUUCUCGAAGCUAUUGAAGACACCCCAGCCAUGAUGACAUCUCCCUUCUACCUGGAGAUCAUCAUCUACUGCAUCGGAGCCUUCCUCAUCUCCUGCAUGGUGGUGACCAUCAUCAUCUACAAGCUGAAGAGCACCACCAAGAAGACAGAUUUCAACAGCCAGCUGGCCGUGCACAAGCUGGCCAAGAGCAUCCCCCUGCGCAGACAGGUGUCAGCCGACUCCAGCUCGUCCAUGAACUCGGGAGUGAUGCUGGUGAGGCCCUCACGCCUCUCCUCCAGCGGCACCCCCAUGCUGGCUGGUGUCUCUGAGUACGAGCUGCCCGAGGAUCCACGCUGGGAGCUGCCCCGGGACAGGCUGAUCCUGGGCAAGCCCCUGGGAGAAGGAUGCUUCGGGCAGGUGGUGCUGGCAGAAGCCAUCGGCCUGGACAAGGACAAGCCCAACCGUGUGACCAAGGUGGCGGUGAAGAUGCUCAAGUCCGACGCCACAGAGAAGGACUUGUCUGACCUCAUCUCCGAGAUGGAGAUGAUGAAGAUGAUUGGCAAGCACAAGAACAUCAUCAACCUGCUGGGAGCCUGCACGCAGGACGGACCCCUGUAUGUGAUUGUGGAAUAUGCCAGCAAGGGCAACCUCCGGGAGUACCUGCAGGCGCGGCGGCCCCCGGGCAUGGAGUACUGCUACAACCCCGCCCGUGUCCCCGAGGAGCAGCUCUCCUUCAAGGACCUGGUCUCCUGUGCCUACCAGGUGGCACGGGGCAUGGAGUACCUGGCCUCCAAGAAGUGCAUCCACAGGGACCUGGCAGCCAGGAACGUGCUGGUGACAGAGGACAACGUGAUGAAGAUCGCUGACUUCGGGCUGGCCCGUGACAUCCACCACAUCGAUUACUACAAGAAGACCACAAAUGGUCGCCUGCCAGUGAAGUGGAUGGCCCCCGAGGCUCUCUUUGACAGAAUCUACACCCACCAGAGUGAUGUGUGGUCCUUUGGGGUGCUGCUGUGGGAGAUUUUCACACUGGGUGGGUCACCCUACCCUGGUGUGCCCGUUGAGGAGCUCUUCAAGCUGCUGAAGGAAGGUCACAGGAUGGACAAGCCCAGCAACUGCACCAACGAGCUGUACAUGAUGAUGAGGGAUUGCUGGCACGCCGUCCCUUCCCAGAGACCCACCUUCAAGCAGCUGGUGGAAGACCUGGACAGGAUCGUGGCCAUGACCUCCAACCAGGAGUACCUGGACCUGUCCAUGCCUCUGGACCAGUACUCCCCCGGCUUCCCGGACACGCGCAGCUCCACCUGCUCCUCGGGAGAGGACUCGGUGUUCUCCCACGACCCGCUCCCGGAUGAGCCCUGCCUCCCCAAGCUCCCCCCUCAGCACAGCAAUGGUGGACUGAAGCGACACUGAGGGUGGCACUGCCAGGGCUGCCCCGCCGGGCCGUGCCCGUGGACGCUGCCUGCACAGCCUGGUUGUGCUCGGCUGGUGCAGAAAGGGUUCAGAGACAUCUGUAGCAUCUCAACAUAACCAAAACCACCCAGCUCCUCCUGCCUCUCGUGUCAGCUCUGCACAGCCCAAAGGCUCCAGGGUUUCCGUGGCCUUUCCUCCUGUUUUUAAACCUCUUUUCCGUCAGUUCUGUGCUGGAGAGUUCCCCCUUGGCUGAGCUGAAAUCCUCUCCCGUGGGCAAUGCGUGGCCAAAGAGCCCAGCCAGGCAUCCUGGGGUGGCACAGCCUGGUCAGGCACAGGAGCUGGGCUGGUGUGCCCCCAGGAGAACCUGGUGAGCUGGGAGCAGCACCCAGCUCCUGCAGCUGCACAAGGGGGGAGCCUUGGUGUGCCAGGAGCCUCAGUGGUGUGCUGGGAGUCUCACUGGUGUGCCAGGACCCUGACUGGUGUGCCAGGAACCUCACUGGUGUUCUGUAACCAUCACUGGUGUGCCAGGAGCCUCAGUGGUGUGCUGGGAGCCUCACUGGUGUGCCAGGAGCCUCACUGGUGUGCCAGGAGCCUCACUGGAGUGCCAGGACCCUGACUGGUGUGCCAGGAGCCUCACUGGUGUUCUGUAACCAUCACUGGUGUGCCAGGACCCUCACUGGUGUGCCAGGACCCUCACUGGUGUGCUGGGAGCCUCCUUGGUGUGCCAGUAGCCUCAUUGGUGUUCUGUAACCAUCACAGGUGCACCAGAAGCCUCCCUGGUGUGCUGGGAGCCUCACUGGUGUGCCAGGAGCCUCACCGAUGUGCCAGGAACCUCACUGGUGUUCUGGGAGCCUCACUGGUGUGCCAUGAGCUUCAUUGGUAUUUUGUGAUCCUGACUGGUGUGCCAGGACUCUCCCUGGUGUGCCAGGAGCCCCACUGGUGUUCUGUAAGCAUCACUGGUGUGCCAGGACCAUCACUGGUGUUCUGUAACCAUCACUGAUGUGCCAGGAGCCUCACCAAUGUGCCAGGACCCUCAUUGGUGUGCUGGGAGCCUCACUGGUGUGCCGGGAGCCUCAUUGGUAUUUUGUGACCCUGACUGGUGUGCCAGGACUCUCCCUGGUGUGCCAGGAGCCUCCCUGGUGUUCUGUAACCAUCACUGGUGUGCCAGGAGCCCCCCUGGUGUUCUGUAACCAUCACUGGUGUGCCAGGAGCCUCCCUGGUGUUCUGUAACCAUCACUGGUGUGCCAGGAGCCCCACUGGUGUUCUGUAACCAUCACUGGUGUGCCAGGAGCCUCCCUGGUGUUCUGUAACCAUCACUGGUGUGCCAGGAGCCUCCCUGGUGUUCUGUAACCAUCACUGGUGUGCCAGGAGCCCCACUGGUGUUCUGUAACCAUCACUGGUGUGCCAGGAGCCUCACUGGUGUUCUGUAACCAUCACUGGUGUGCCAGGAGGCUCACUGGGACCCUCAGCACGCCAGGACCCUCGUGGUGUGGGGCUCCCUCCUGCCCAGGAUGCCCCCAGGCCACAGGACCAGCACACGUGGGCUUUGCUGAGCCAGGCCUGGCACACCCAGGGUAGGAGCCCUGCACUGCUCAGAGGUGACUGAACCCACCUGUGCUAAACCCAGAGUCCCAUGUACAUAACAAAAAAUAUGUAUAAAUAUGAAUAUAUAUUUACAUGUCUUUUUAAAAAGGGUUGUUACCAGAGAUAUACCAGUUUGGUAGGAAGGUACUAGUGGCUGGUAGAUAUCAGUUGCUAUAUAUAAAAAAAAAAAAAAAAGUCAUAUAUUUUGCUAUUUUUGCUGGUUUUAUUUUUUUAAAUUAUGUUCUAAACCUAUUUCAGUUUAGGUCCCCUCGAUAAGAAUUUGCUGCUGCUGCUUCAGUUUUAUAUGGGGUUGUAUUAAACAACAAUAAUAAGAAGAAUAAUAAUAAUGUGUCGAUGAUGCCUUUUGGGAAUCCAUUGUCAUUACGUGCCUGGCCUUGCCCUGGCCCCGGGGAGGGAGGGAGGGAGGGAAGGAGGGAAGGAAGGAGGGGGCUGCCCUUGCCCCCCAUCCCCUGCCCUGGGGGGAGCUCCGGGCAGUGCCCAGCUCGGUGCCAACCCCACCAGUGCCUUACCUGGGAGGGGGGAGCAUCCUCACAUCCUUGCAUCCUCAUCCUCACAUCCUCACAUCCUCACAUCCUCACCCCAGCUCUGUGCUCCCCCUGCAGUCCCACGGACAGACAGACAGACAGACAGGGCACUCCCUGAAAUCCUCCCUCCCACCCCUCCCUGCCGCCGGUGCCAGGCCGCUGUUACUUGAAAAGUUUUAUUUUGCCUUUGUACGGAGAAAUAUUAUUUGUUGUAAACUCUUCCUGUAAUGAAAUUCUGGAAUUCUUGUAAUUAUUAAAAGACUUUAACCACC